AUGGAAAUUGCCUCAGAAAUAAAGAAUGGGCGAAGUGCAGGAUACGUGCCCUAUGAAACUCAGAAGCGCAUGGACAAUACGGAGGUGGAAAUUCUGCUUGAAUACCAUCCAUACCUUUUCCGUCAGCUCGAAAAGGGUACUUACCGCGUUUUUGGCACCUUUUGUGAGGCAGUCGAUACUUAUUAUGCCACGCUAGAAUCGCAGAAGCAGCAGCAGAAUGCUCUCAAGGUCGAGAAAGAAGCCAUCAAGAAACUUGAAAAUGUCAAGAAAGAUCAGGAACGUCGCAUCCUGGAGCUUGAGUACAGCAAGGAAGAAAAGAUGGUCAUGGCUGACCUCAUCAUUCACAACAAGGCCAUCGUGGAUGCUGCUAUACAAGUCAUUUGCAGUGCUCUGGCACGAAAAACUAGUUGGGAGGAUGUGGAAAGAAUGCACCAAGAUGCCGUUGAGAAAGGAGAUGCAGUGGCCAGUGCCAUUACUAAGCUUGAUCUGCAGAAUAAUAGAAUUAUAAUGCGCCUAAAAGAAGAGUACGAGGAUAUUCCACCGAAAGAUGUACCUAUUAGUAUAGACACGAACGCAUUUGGAAAUGCAUGCAAAUUCUAUCAUGGCAUGAAAGCAGCUGCGGAAAAGGCCCUUAGAACAGAAGUAGCUGCGAAGAAGGCUAUUAGAAAUGCAGAGGACAAAGCAACUACUACCAUAAAAAAGGUCAACAUCAAUGUAAGCUCUGUGAAGACACGGAAGGAAAUGUGGUUCGAGAAAUUUAUCUGGUUCGUAUCCUCGGAAAAGUACGUGGUCCUAACCGGACGCGACGCUACGCAGAAUGAACUGCUUGUCAAAAAGUAUGUUUUUUAUACUUUCUGUUUCUCUCCUGAAUUUGUUUGUGGUGUACUAAAAACAUGAAA